AUGCCGAAAAAAGGAAAAGGAAAGAAAGGCGGUAAAGGAAAGAAGGGGAAAAAGAAAAACGAUGAUAAUCCAUUGAAAAUGGAUGCUCGAAAUACAAUUUUAUGGGAAUCUAGACUUAAUAUUGCAGAUACAUCGCGUAAACACUGUCGAGAAGUGGUUGGCACUUUGGCAGGCGACAAUGAAACAUUACGCGACCAACUACGUCAAACGGAAAAAGAUACUAUUGAUGUCGUUAGUUUUCUAAAAAAGCAAGAUAUGGACAAAGAUACUGAAAUCGAACGUUUACAACAAGAAAUCAGUACACUCCAAGUUGAACAAUCUAAAGAUAAACAAGAAUUACUCGAUGAUUUUGACAGGCAACGACGUCAAUUAAAUGAAAGAUUAAGUCGAAAAGAAACUGAACUAGAUGUUAUUCGGCAUGAACUUAAUCAAGUAAAAGAAUUUCGAAAGAAAAAAGCUCAAAUGCAACAAGAACUUGAAGAAAUUAAAGAAGCUAUGCUAUGGAAUGUGCGUGAACAAAAAGAAGCAUUAGAAAAAUUAGAGGAAAGAUUUUCAAAUGAAAAAACGCGUCUACAACAAGAGACGAAUAAACGAAUUGAAGAGAUAGCAGAGCAAGCACAAAAUGAAGCAUUGAAAACCUUAGAUGAAAAAGCUCGCAAUAUUUAUAAAGAAAAUGUUGAUCUUAUUGAAUCGCUACGUAUUUAUAAGAAAGAGCUCGAUGAUUUACAAAAAUCAAAAGAACAAUUGCGAAAACAAGCAACUGUGAUCUUAAGUGAUAAAGAAAUGAAUGAUUUAUUAAUAAAAGAAAAAAUUGAAGAAGUACAAAAAAACAAUAAAUUGAUUAAAGAACUAAAAGAAAAAGUUCAAUAUUUAGAAGUGUCGCUAACGAAAUUCAUUGAAGAAUUUAAUGUUGAACGAAAAACACUUCUGGAACAUUCUCAGAUUGAAUGUGUAUCAUCACAGAAUGAAAUCAUAAAAUUGCAACGUGCUUUAGAAUUAAAAGGCAAAGAAAUGAAUAAAGUUAAAAAAUUAGGUAAAGCGAUUCUUGAACAACGUUCAGAAUUGGAAGCAUUAUUUCUGGAGGCACUACAAAAUGUUAAACGACAUAUUAUUUACAAUCGUUUACAAUAUCAUAAAGAUGCAUUUAGUUCUUAUCAAAAUCGAAUGUUAGCCAUUCAUCAUGGACAUGGAGAUCAAGGACGAAUGAAAACAUUUAACGAUGCAUUUCAUGAAUUUAGUUCAAAUAGUGUUUUUCAUGAUUUGGAAGAACAAUCUAAAUGGGCUAGUGUUGUUGCGGAAGUGAAUGUCACUGAGUUUACAUGGGAACAAAAAGAACAGGUACUACGAGAAUUGUUUAUGCGAAUGAAUACAAGACAAUCCAGUAUGACGGAUUCAUCUGUUAACGCAGCUCACCUACCAAAUGAUGGUCAUCCGAUGGAUCUCAGUCGUGAUAGUACGAACAAUUUAUUUUUGACUCAAAUGGCUCACACAGCUCAACAUGAAACUUCAUCCGAUACAAAGAGCAAUCCAAGCACAUCUGGCAUACUCAAAUUACCUCAAAUUUCAUCAUCAGCUACCUCAUAA